GCCAGCCGGCGGGCGGAGACGCGCGCCUGGCACUGGACAUGGACCGCGCGCGCCUGUGGCUGGGGCUUCUGCUGCCCGUGGUGGCCGCCCUGGAUUUCCAGUACCACCACCAGGAAGGGAUGGAGGCGUUCCUAAAGAGCGUGGCUCAGAACUACAGUUCGAUCACGCACUUGCACAGCAUCGGGAAAUCUGUGAGAGGUAGAAACCUGUGGGUUCUCGUUGUGGGGCAGUCUCCAAGGGAACACAGAGUUGGGAUUCCAGAAUUCAAAUACGUGGCGAAUAUGCACGGAGAUGAGACUGUGGGGCGAGAACUGCUGCUCCACCUGAUCGACUAUCUGGUGACCAGUUACAAAAGAGACGCCGAAAUCACGCAUCUCAUCGACAGCACCCGGAUCCACAUCAUGCCUUCCAUGAACCCAGACGGAUUCGAAGCCGUCAAGAAGCCCGACUGCUACUACAGUAACGGAAGGGAAAACUACAACAAUUAUGACCUGAAUAGAAAUUUCCCUGAUGCCUUUGAAAAUAACAACGUGACAAAGCAGCCUGAGACUCUGGCAGUCAUGGCGUGGCUGAAAACAGAGACAUUUGUCCUCUCUGCGAAUCUCCACGGGGGUGCCCUGGUGGCCAGUUAUCCCUUUGAUAAUGGUGUGCAAGCCACAGGGACACUGUUGUCCCGAAGCUUAACUCCGGAUGACGAUGUUUUCCAACACCUGGCGUACACCUACGCAUCCCGGAAUCCCAACAUGACCAAGGGAGACCAAUGUAAAAACAAGAGGAACUUCCCCAACGGGAUUAUCAACGGCUACUCCUGGUACCCACUGCAAGGGGGAAUGCAAGAUUACAACUACAUCUGGUCCCAGUGCUUUGAAAUCACCCUGGAGCUGUCGUGCUGUAAAUACCCUCGGGAGGAGAAGCUGCCGUUCUUUUGGAACGAUAACAAAGCCUCUUUGAUCGAAUACAUAAAACAGGUGCACCUAGGUGUCAAGGGUCAAGUGUUUGAUCAGAGUGGAAACCCAUUACCGAGCGUAAUUGUGGAAGUCCAAGACAGAAAGCACAUCUGCCCGUUCAGAACCAACAAGCUUGGAGAGUAUUAUCUGCUUCUCCUGCCUGGGUCCUACGUGAUAAACGUUACAGUCCCCGGACAUGACUCAUACCUCACGAAGCUUACGAUUCCAAGGAAAUCCCAGCCCUUCAGUGCUCUUAAAAAGGAUUUUCACCUCCCAUUGCAAUGGCGGCCGGAUUCCAUCUCCGUAUCAAAUCCUUCAUGCCCAAUGAUUCCUCUGUACAAAUUAAUGCCAAGCCACUCUGCUGCAACAAAACCCGGUCUGUUCGUGUUUUUCGUGACUCUUUUGCACAUAUUUUUCAAAUAAAGCAAAAUGUGAAACUCGACACCCUGGAAUCACAACCUGGUUACCCCAGGUUGUGGCAACUCGCCCUCCUGUGAGACUGUAGUGGGGCCGACUCCACUGUUUCCCUUAAGAAGAAGAAAACCGGAUGUUUCCAAACCUGGCCUAGAGCAACCUGUAAGGACAAAAUCCAUCUUCACUCUGGAUAAAAUGGAGGUCACCGCCUAGCAAAUGCUUGCCGCCCACGGACUUCACGUCUUCCACCCCGAGGGAAUCCCAAACAUUUGUAACAAAGUUCAGAAGCAAAAGCGGUAUCCUUACCAGAAAAUCAAUUUGUAUACAGAGAGAGCCGCGUGGCUCAAAGCCUCAGUGAUGGGCACUUUCUGAUCACCUGCUAUGUACAACCUUUCAUGAGUGUUAUUUGUAGGGAGUUGAUACUGCCUAUAAGUGGUUCUCCCCAAAGGAAGAAAUUUCUAGAUAACAGGACUAAGAACAUUGACUCUUGCCAGUGUUCUAAGGACAAAUGAGAGAAAAUGGGCAAACAUGGCUGAUGUGGCUACAGGUGAAGCACCCGUCUCCUGCGCCUUUUGCCCUUGCCUCCCUGCACCCAAUGCCACAGUCCUAUGAAGAUGACCCCUCCUAAUGUAACCCUAGCCUCUUGCCUGCGCCUCAGAUGCGACUCCAGCUGCUCCUCAGACACGACCACCUCAAUACAGUGCAUAAGAAUUGGGGCUCACCCUGUUAACAGCUGAGACGCCAUGUUCUUCGCUUCCCAUGUUCAGUCGCUGAGAGCUGCUAUAUUGAUCCCAGCCAGCCUCUCGAGGCCAGUCAGAGCCCCUCACCGCUGACCCAGCUGCUCCCGUGGGUAUCUUUGCCAAGCCCAUCUUCCACACAGCACCUGGGGAGUUGGGCUGCCAAAAGUUCCUCUGCUCCCCAAACACAACACUGUGCUCACAAUCCCCGGUCUGGAUGCUCUUCUGAUAGUGCCACGCCUUGUUUCCUGCUCAGUAAAACUCCAUUCCAUGGGGGUUAAGAGCACUGGCUGCUCUUCCAGAGGUCCUGAGUUCAAUUCCCAGCAACCACAACCAUCCGCAAUGGGAUCCGAGGCCCUCUUCUGGUGUGUCUGAAGACAGUGACUGUGUAGUCAUACACAUAAAAUAAAUAAAUCUUUAAAAAAGAAUUCCAAGCAUCCAUCCGUCUUCGAUCUGGAAGCCUGUGGAGUUCCCAGUGGUCAGGUUCAAGGCUGAUCCUUCAGAGAACUCGUGAGUUCGUGACUUGUGAGUUUGCAGCACUGCGGUGUGGAACCACUCCACGCUGGCCUUCUCUAACCCUCCAUGAGCUCUUGAAGAUGGGGAUCUACUUGAGAAACAUUUCUCAGAGCCUAGCAGAAAACAGGACACCUGCUACAGACCUUUCCAGAACUCUAAGGAUUUGAGCAGUUUUGUGAAAAUAAACUUUAUGUUUGGCAACAUUCACAUACACACACACACACACACACACUUUUCCUGUGUGUGUCAAAAAACAAAAUCCAAAGAUAAAUGUGAGUGAGCAGACUGUCAGGCUGGUGAGAAAGGCAUCGCUACCUGCAAACCAGCAUUCGCACUGCCUUCUAGACCAGAAAACAAAUUCUUACAAUCAGUUCAAAGCAGAAGUGUCCCCGUGACGGUAACUUUAUUCUAACGGUAAGAAGAGAAAGCUGGGCAGAGAGGCUCACAACUUUAAUCCCAGUGCUCAGGAGGCAGAGGCCGGUGGGUGUCUUAGUUCAUACAGCCAGACCCCGUCUCAAAGGUAAAUAAAAAACGAUAAAUAUGGAACAGGAAAAUCAACAGGAACUCUGAGGUGCAGGUUUCUGAGUGCCAGGCAUUUUCCACAGGAAGUGAGAACAUGCAGGGGUCGACAGGCCAUCGAUGAAGGCUUGCGACCCUAAAGAGAUACAUCAGCACUCUGGUGCCCUUUCUUGGUGCCAAACCUAGUCGAUAUUUUAAUAUCAAUAGUAUGUAUGCAUAGCUUUUUAACCGCUUCUAAAUUUGAAGAUAGCAUGAGUAUCUUGAUCAUUUUAUUUAAAUAAGCAUUAACUUAUAUCCCGGAAAGCAUGUAUUAAUAGUUCAGAGGGGAUCUGGGUUUAUUACAUUUGAAGUAUAUAAGACAAAGCCAGGUGUGGUGUCUGGUCACCUGUUGUCCCAGCUCUUGGGAGGCUGAGGCAAGAUUGAUGCAGUUCAAGGCUAGCCUGGACUACAAGUGAGACCCAUCUAUAAAAAUAAAAACAGUAAAAUAAUAAAAUAAGAGCAAACUUGGUUUGCCAUCAGCCGGGUGUUCUGAGUUCUGGCUGACCCUUUUCCUAAGAUCGUGUGAGAGGAAAUGAGCUAUUUGCUGAGCUGCUCAUGGGCCUCAGAGGAAGGAGACUUGUUACUGAAAUAACUCACAUGUGCACGCGUCUUACCCGAGGCUGGCCCGGGGCUUUGCACACGGCCAUCGAGCCACAGCUAGGUCUUUUUUGUUUUUUGUUUUUGUUUUUUUAUUUUGGUACUUUUUGUUCAGACACAGCAUUUCACUAAACCGUGGAGGUUGGAUUUGGAACUCAUCGUAAUCCAAACUGGCUUUGGAUCUACCAGCCUUGGCCACCGGAGUAGCCACUACAGGCCUGGACUGCUGUGCCCAUCUUCUGGUAACGUCACUUAAAACGGAAAUCUGUAUCAAGGCCCAGGGUAAAAUCACUUAAAUAAACAGGGUGAGGGGUGUAGCUCGGCGGCGGUGUGCUCAGUGUACACAAUCUCCAUUAACUAUCCCCAACACAAGACAAAAGAUGGCCAGGACAUUAUUCUGUGGCCAGAGACCUCAAGACUUCUGUUGCCCUCUGCCAGGUAGAGAAAGCACAAGGUUACUUGGGUUAGUAACUGUUUUGAAGGCAGCAUGCCUUAUUAAAGGUGACCUGGAAACGGAAAUGCCGGUUACCAGGAAUCCUGUCCUCAAGGAAACUUUCACAAAGUGCCUAGUUUACGUGUGUGCCAAUUUUGAAUUGAGAUGGUAAAAUCCCAGCACUCAGGAGGCAGGGGCAGGUGGAUCUCUGUGAGUUCAAGGCCAGUCUUUUUUCUACGGAGUUCGAGACAGCCAGGGCUACAUGGGAAAAACCCUGUCUCAAAUAAGCAGAAAUAAUACAGGUUGUCUCAAACUCUGCCUGUAUUCAAAUGGUGUACCUGAGCUCUGCUUCCCAGUGUAUGCGCUGAUGCGGGGCUUGCCAAGUAUCUGUUUCUAGGAAAGGUGUUGACAGCACACUUGUUUUCCUACUGCGCCAGGAGUUUCUCAUCCUGUGAGGGGGUAUCUAGUGGAGGCUUGUGAGCUCAACUCUGCCUUCCUGGUGACCUCAGGUAUGGGAGAGAAAGAUGCUAGAUUAGGUGAACGCUAUGGUGUUCUUGAUGCAUAUGGUUUAGGCUUGCAUAACUAAUAAGCAGACGCUGUGCUCUGCCUCACGGGUCUUUUAAUCGUAUUUUAGCUCACAAGACAACCCAUAUCUCUUUGAGAGAGGCCUCACUCUGGUUUUUGUUUUUACGAGCCUUCUAAGUGAUUCCUGUCAUUAAAAGCACAGGAGCAAAAGCUAUUAAAGAUGCUCAGAUUGAGUGGGGACAGCAGUGGUGCAUGCCUUUUAUCCCAGCACUCCAGAGGCAGAGGCAGAUGGAGUUCUGAGUUACAGGCCAGCCUGGUCUAAAGAGUGAGUUCCGAGACAGCCAGGGCUACACAGAGAAAUCUUGUCUUGGAGAAUAAAUAAAUUCUCAGAUUAUCUAAGAUUAUAUAGCAUUUGCUUGGGAGGGACCAUGACUACCUCUGAGCUUAUUUUAUUUACAUUAUCUGAUUAUCAAUAAAGAAUAUUCAUAUAGUGAA